CAACAAAUUCCAUCGCCAUGGAUUGUUUUUGCUGGUACAGUUUAUUUUGUAUUUCAAUUUUUCUUCAAGGAAGCGUUUGACAACGUGGUAUGUGGGUUUUUUUUGGAUAUGGUUUGGGUGGAAGAAAUAGUGUUAGUUUCGUGUCUCCGGCAGCGGUUUCCAUUAUCUUGGGAUACAGGACAAGUGUUUGAUGAAAAUCCCCACUCACUUACUUUGGAUAUGCUCUACUCUGGCUGUCUUCCGUAGCUUUAUAUAAGUUAAGUUGUCUUAAUUCUGCCUAAUCAUCUCUACAUAUUCUGCUGAAUAUUGUUAUUAUUUGUUUCAUGUAUGGAAUGUUGGAGAAUUUGUUAGUGAUAUUGAAGAUUACCUAUAAAUAGGCGAUGAAACCUAAGGAAGAGGCUAAGAGAAAGAUUCGUUGAGUAAGGAAACACUAAGGGAGGCAAAAGCAUAUCUUCUUAUUUGGUGAUAAUAAACUAAAAAAUAAACUCCCACAGAAUCGAGUUACUCUUCCUAGACUCUCCCUUCAUUCGAAUUUGAAGAACCCAUGUUUGCCCAAAAUCUUCAUGGUUCUAACUGAUCAAGGUCUUGGUGAACAGAUCUGCAAUAUGUAGAUCAGUCCUGCAUCCUUAGACUGAACUUCUUUUUUGAUUUGUGACUCACGAUUUUAAGAUGAUGCUUAAUUUCUACAUGGUUAGUUCUGCUAUGAAAGACUGGAUGUUUUAUAAAACAUUAUAGCAAUGUCACAGUAAAGAACAGUUGAUUCAUUUUGCUCUUGACCCAAGUCACCUAGAACCCUCCUUAACCAAAUUGCUGACAUGCAGCAACAUUCACCACCACAUAAUCAGCCUCUAUAGAUGGAGGAGCAACUGUGGCUUGCCUUUUUGAACUACGGGAAUUAAUAAUUGACCCGAGAAUAAAGCAAUUUCCAGAGGACCUCAUUUGUGUCUAACAAUAGCAUAGGUGGGUUCUUCUAAAUUGUGUCUAACAUCUUCCUAAUCAUCUCUAAACAUCCAAGUGAGGUCUAUUUUAUUCUGUUUCAUGUAUGGGUAAUUAACAGAGACUUACUGACCUCACUUUGUGACUUCGGUUCAUGCUUACAACCAUGAAUACAUUUGGUUAUAUAGUAUCUGUUUGAUUGUGUUUAUCUAUGUGAUGGAUAAUCUUCACUAAUAUAGACAACGUUCCGAGUUAUCAACACCAUUUGUAUUCAAAUUUUGACUUCCAGCUUUGAGUGUUAUGCACAAAUUUAGCUUGAUGUUGUCUUCAACCAUCUUGUAGUGUUAUAGUGUGAUUGGUUAACUGCUGAACAAGUGCAUUAAAAAAGUCAAUACCCACCUUGCAUAAUUGUCUCCAGCUAUGAUUCAUAGCUUUAUAUGAGCUAAUUAUUAUUUAAGAAGAAGAUCCCAGGUGGGCUAUAUGUUAUUUCGUCAAAUUUCUUCCUAUUCAUCUUUAAAUAUCUAGUUGAAUUUUAGUUCCUCUAUUUAAGUAUGGGUGAUGUAACACGGACAUGUUUAGAAAAUGUAGCGAAGUGACUGAACCCCUCUUUAUGAUUUCUGAAUAUUCUUACAACCAUGAAUGCCUGGAAUAUUCAUUUAGGCCGAAUGGCUGUUUGCUUAUGCUCCGAUUAGUAUGUUGCUAAUUGUGUGGUCUCCUCGUCAGUUAAGAAGUAAAGAAACAUUUGAGAUCUGUGAAGCACUUACAUAGCUUAAAUCAGGGGUUAUUUACUACCUGCUUACUGCCUCUUACCGGGUAAGAAGCGCUUACCUUGUCAGAGAUGCUGCUGUUUAUGAAGCCCCACUUACCGGUCCAUGAUGCUGACCGAGAUGCUGACCUGGUAAGCUAAGAGAAGGACUCGUACUUGGUAAGUGAUUAAUGCUGACGCUGACCGCAUUCUUACCCAAGUUGGGUUAGUAAAUGGCCCCUAACAUAAGUAAGCCAAAUGAUCAAUUCUAUUUGAUUAUGUGAUGGCCAAUCUGUUUUAAUGGUCAAUAGCCUUGUGUUUCUUUUGAUUUGAUUUUUGUGCUUAUUUGUUGCUUGUAUGAUUCGACAUCAAUGUAAAAUGCUAAAUUGCUAAGCUUUGUCCUUUCGAUUAUGUGAUGCUUAUGUGUUCUAUUAUAGUUUUGUGUGACUUGCCUCAUUUAGAACAAAGUCCCAUUUAAUUUCCCAGGAGGGAUCAGCUUCAUCCUCUUUCACUGUUGGAGGAUUUAAAACAGGUUCUUAUGGAAUUUGAAGGUUAUUGAAAGAGGCUAUAACAAGGUGUGGCUCACAAAAGGUGACAACUUUACUCCUUUCUAAAGAUAACACUCUUUUUUGCUGCUUCACAUCCUUGUGGUUCCUUUGAAUCCCAUGUCAAGGCCUCGGUCACUACUAUCUUUGAUCCGUAACCAUUUUGAACUCCAAAAAGGUACACUGCCAACAACAAUAAAAGCAACAGGUCUAUUCUCUCAACUCUGCAUCACUGCGUGUAUCUUACUUAAGCUGCAGAAGACAAGUGAAGACUCUAAAAGUUCUGCAUCCACUUCCUUGGCCAUCAAACCUCAAGACGUUCCUCAGAUUUCUUCUUAUUACAGCCCCUUUUAAAGUUGAUUAACUUUGGCUAUGAUCUUUGGUCUUACCGCAAUUCUGGGCGCACUAUUGCAAUUAGCAUCCAAAUUCAAGACUGUUGACAUCUUUCAUGACUAUGCACUCGUGCUGGUGUCAGGGACAUUGAUCUGACCAGGUCAAUAUGAGAAGUGUCAUGAUAAAUGAUGUGUCCUCCUGCUGGGAAAAGGUGGUGCAAAAGAAUCUAUCAGGGCAAAGAGAAGGACCUUGAUGUGGUAAUAGGAGAUGUCAAGGACGAUGCUUAAUAGGUUGAUGCUCACGAGUAAAAUUGCACAUCUAAAAAAUGAGUUUGGGUUUGCCAAACAAGUUGAAAGUUAUACUGGUGGGAACCCAGAACUGGUCUAUUCAAGUUUGAAGGAUCAGUUGUUCUGGGUUUAUCCUGUGGAGGGAUAUGAUGACAAGGAUGUAGUUUUAAACAAGGAUGAAUUAUCCAUAUUUGGUUUUGAUAGGAAGGAAGAAGGUUGAGUCCAGAAAGAAGGCAAGCCAUUAACUGCGAUUUCAAAUAUGGAAAUGAAGUAAUUAUCAAAGAUCAUGAUGAUCUUGAUGAGACUAAUAAACUUACUGUUUUAUGAUUUGUUUCAGUCUGACUAGUCCAGAGCACAAUGAUUAUGAAGAAGCUUCUGAUAUGGAGUCAUUGCGAUUAGCAAAGGAACGGAAUUCUGGCCUGCCAAAGGCAAUUUAUGGAAACUUGGUACUGAGGACUGUCAAUGCUUCAAACCUUGGUGAUGAUACUGGGUGGUUUGUAAGUGUAUAUUCUUUUUUCUUGCUGUUGAGAUAUAGGUAGAUGGAACCUGCUCGUAUUAUUUUGACGGUGUCUAGAUUAUAGAAUCAAUUGGUGAGAAACGAUCAUAAAUAUGCUUGUAGAUCGAAUAUGUACAUGGAUUCUUUGGCUAGUUCCUUUUUGUAGUUGGCCCCCUUGGUAAGUAUGCAAUGUUAAUUGGAGCCACUAAGCAGUAAAGUUUCAAAGUCAUCACGGUAAACGAAAUAUCUCGAAGCAGUAAUGUCCCAGUAAAAACUUUAGGAACCAUUUUGUCUAUAUAUGACUGCCGAUUACUAGAUUCAUUCAUAAAUCUAGCAUCAAACGAGAUCUUUCAUUCUAGGGCACACACCCCUUUUUUCCUCCAAGACCCUGCCACCAAACCUAGGGUUCCAAUGGCACAUCUUCUGCCGGAAAUCGUCGAGCAGAUACUGAUAAGAUUGAAGGUGAGGGAUCUGAUCCGAUGCAAGAGUGUGUCCAAGUCUUGGCAUUCUCUGAUCUCGGACCCUCGUUUCAUAAAGGCCCAUCUCAAGCAUUCUUAUGAAAGUGAUCGCAAUAAUGAAGAAAUUGGGGACAGGAGAAUCGUUAUGUCUAAAUAUGCCUGUUUCUAUACGUAUCAACAGUUUGAAGUUGAUGGCAAGCUCUUCGACUUCCAUGAUUGCCAUCUACUCGGUUCUUCUGAUGGUCUGGUAUGCGUCUCCCCUUCCCGUAAUGAAAUUGUAGUAGUUAAUCCUUCUAUUAGAGAGGUAAAAACACUCAGCAAUCCCAAAAUUCCUAAAUUUGGAUCUUUGUGCUGGGGAUUUGGUUAUGAUGCAUCUACAGAUGACUACAAAGUUGUAUUAGGGUUUAUGAAAGGUGAAAACGUCACCUGUUUUCAAGUGUUUAGUUUGAGAUCUAAUAUGUGGAAGGUUAUUGGAGAGAUAAAUUGUACUUUUCUAAGUAGGAUUGGUAUCUUAUGCGAGGGGGCGCUUCAUUGGGUUGUAUAUCAUGCUUCAUCUAAAAAGAAGAAUGUAAUUCUUUCUUUUAAUUUAUCCGAGGAGAAGUUUGCGGAAGUGCCCCAACCUGAUGAUGUGAGUUACUGGUCUCGUGUUUCUGACCACCCAUCUAUGCGUUUGGGGACUAUCAACGGUUGUCUAUGUUCAUUUCAAUAUGAAAACCUUCCCAAUGAUUUAUGGAUGAUGAAGAACUACAAUGUGAAGCAAUCUUGGGGGAUAUUUGGACCUGAACGUGUGAUAAAGUACGAAGCUGUGCACGGCAUAAAACGAUUGAAGAACUACAUUCCAAAUCAGAGGCCUUUGUGUCAUGAACCGUGGUUGGUCCGGAGUCGGGUUUUUUUGGGAAACCCUAUAUAUGUAGAAAGUCUUGUAUCUCCCCAUUUUCACAGGAGACUGAGGAGAAGGAGGCCGGCAGAGGAUACCACAAGGAGUGCUCGGGUCUAUCCAAAUAAUGUUAUUAUAGCACUGUAUGCUGUUCCCCGUGCCCAACCCAGUACGGAUGAGGGUACCAGCUCUGGUUCCAGUACCCGUGCUGAAGCGAGUGGCAAUGCAGGUCCCAGUACGGGUGCCAGAGUUUGAUGCGGUCAAGUUGACAUAGCCUUACCAGCUCAUGAUCUCAACCUUCCUUGCUGUUUUAAGACUGGUUUUUUUAAAAACCCUUGUUCUUCUUUUCAGUGUGUUUUGUGCUUGAAGAUUUUCUAAACUCUGUUCUAGAGAUCAUUACUUUGUUGGAGCUUUAUGUCAUGCUUGAUGAUAUUGGAUAUGUUUUAAAGACUAAA